GCCUUCCAGUGAAGUGUGUUGUUACCUAACAAUGGACUGUAAAGUUCCAGUUAUGUUCACUUAUUUGGGAAUUAUAAUAAUAUUUUCCACGUUCGGGCAUGCCUAUGCAGGUCAAUCUUCAUCAAUAUUGAAAAUUAAAAAAAAUGGCGAUGAAGCGUCUGGUUUCACAAAUGGCCAAACACUGUGCUUUAGUUGCUACGACACAAUCAUGAAUGCAGAAAAAUGUAUUAUGAAACUUAUCACUGCUGGACAAGAUGAUGUUGAAGUACCGGUGGAGAAAGAAAAUGAAAAAAUCAACAACCGAAAUAGUUAUUCUGGAUGUUUGGAAAUGAACUUUACGAGCACAGAUGUAGAAGUUAAAUGCCUAUUAUUUAGGAAAGCCAAUGACGAAAUACCCAGUACGAGUAACAUUCUGAGAUUGACAAGGAAGAACCCUGACUUUGAACCCGAGGGAAAUCCUGAUCUAAGCAAUACAAUUUUAGGUCAAUCUUCAACAAUAUUGAAAAUUAUAGAAGAUGGCGAUGAAGCGUCUGGUUUCACAAAUGGCCAAACACUGUGCUUUAGUUGCUACGACACAAACAUUGAUGCAAAAAAAUGUAUUAUUAAACUUAUCACUGCUGGACAAGAUGAUGUUGAAGUACCGGUGAAACCAAAUGAAAAAAUCAACAACCGAAAUAGUUGUUCUGGAUGUUUGGAAAUGAACUUUACGAGCACAGAUGUAGAAGUUAAAUGCCUAAUAUUUAUAAAAGCCAAUGACGAAAAACCCAGUAGGAGCAUCCUUCAGAGAUUGACAAGGAAGAACCCUGUUAAUGCAGCCGAAGCAACCACUGCAAGAUUUGGUCAGACUCCAAAAGAGACUUCCAAAAGUUCCAACUCAUCUCCCACGAAAUCUCCAGACGUGGUGACCCCACCAAGAUCUGCAUCAUCAGCCACAUCAUCUAAAGGUCAAUCUUCAUCAAUAUUGAAAAUUAAAAAAAAUGGCGAUGAAGCGUCUGGUUUCACAAAUGGCCAAACACUGUGCUUUAGUUGCUACGACACAAUCAUGAAUGCAGAAAAAUGUAUUAUGAAACUUAUCACUGCUGGACAAGAUGAUGUUGAAGUACCGGUGGAGAAAGAAAAUGAAAAAAUCAACAACCGAAAUAGUUAUUCUGGAUGUUUGGAAAUGAACUUUACGAGCACAGAUGUAGAAGUUAAAUGCCUAUUAUUUAGGAAAGCCAAUGACGAAAUACCCAGUACGAGUAACAUUCUGAGAUUGACAAGGAAGAACCCUGACUUUGAACCCGAGGGAAAUCCUGAUCUAAGCAAUACAAUUUUAGGUCAAUCUUCAACAAUAUUGAAAAUUAUAGAAGAUGGCGAUGAAGCGUCUGGUUUCACAAAUGGCCAAACACUGUGCUUUAGUUGCUACGACACAAACAUUGAUGCAAAAAAAUGUAUUAUUAAACUUAUCACUGCUGGACAAGAUGAUGUUGAAGUACCGGUGAAACAAAAUGAAAAAAUCAACAACCGAAAUAGUUGUUCUGGAUGUUUGGAAAUGAACUUUACGAGCACAGAUGUAGAAGUUAAAUGCCUAAUAUUUAUAAAAGCCAAUGACGAAAAACCCAGUAGGAGCAUCCUUCAGAGAUUGACAAGGAAGAACCCUGUUAAUGCAGCCGAAGCAACCACUGCAAGAUUUGGUCAGACUCCAAAAGAGACUUCCAAAAGUUCCAACUCAUCUCCCACGAAAUCUCCAGACGUGGUGACCCCACCAAGAUCUGCAUCAUCAGCCACAUCAUCUAAAGGUCAAUCUUCAUCAAUAUUGAAAAUUAAAAAAAAUGGCGAUGAAGCGUCUGGUUUCACAAAUGGCCAAACACUGUGCUUUAGUUGCUACGACACAAUCAUGAAUGCAGAAAAAUGUAUUAUGAAACUUAUCACUGCUGGACAAGAUGAUGUUGAAGUACCGGUGGAGAAAGAAAAUGAAAAAAUCAACAACCGAAAUAGUUAUUCUGGAUGUUUGGAAAUGAACUUUACGAGCACAGAUGUAGAAGUUAAAUGCCUAUUAUUUAGGAAAGCCAAUGACGAAAUACCCAGUACGAGUAACAUUCUGAGAUUGACAAGGAAGAACCCUGACUUUGAACCCGAGGGAAAUCCUGAUCUAAGCAAUACAAUUUUAGGUCAAUCUUCAACAAUAUUGAAAAUUAUAGAAGAUGGCGAUGAAGCGUCUGGUUUCACAAAUGGCCAAACACUGUGCUUUAGUUGCUACGACACAAACAUUGAUGCAAAAAAAUGUAUUAUUAAACUUAUCACUGCUGGACAAGAUGAUGUUGAAGUACCGGUGAAACAAAAUGAAAAAAUCAACAACCGAAAUAGUUGUUCUGGAUGUUUGGAAAUGAACUUUACGAGCACAGAUGUAGAAGUUAAAUGCCUAAUAUUUAUAAAAGCCAAUGACGAAAAACCCAGUAGGAGCAUCCUUCAGAGAUUGACAAGGAAGAACCCUGUUAAUGCAGCCGAAGCAACCACUGCAAGAUUUGGUCAGACUCCAAAAGAGACUUCCAAAAGUUCCAACUCAUCUCCCACGAAAUCUCCAGACGUGGUGACCCCACCAAGAUCUGCAUCAUCAGCCACAUCAUCUAAAGGUCAAUCUUCAUCAAUAUUGAAAAUUAAAAAAAAUGGCGAUGAAGCGUCUGGUUUCACAAAUGGCCAAACACUGUGCUUUAGUUGCUACGACACAAUCAUGAAUGCAGAAAAAUGUAUUAUGAAACUUAUCACUGCUGGACAAGAUGAUGUUGAAGUACCGGUGGAGAAAGAAAAUGAAAAAAUCAACAACCGAAAUAGUUAUUCUGGAUGUUUGGAAAUGAACUUUACGAGCACAGAUGUAGAAGUUAAAUGCCUAUUAUUUAGGAAAGCCAAUGACGAAAUACCCAGUACGAGUAACAUUCUGAGAUUGACAAGGAAGAACCCUGACUUUGAACCCGAGGGAAAUCCUGAUCUAAGCAAUACAAUUUUAGGUGAAUCUACAACAAUAUUGAACAUUAAAAAAGAUGGCGAUGAAGCGUCUAGUUUCACAAAUGGCGAAAAACUGUGCUUUAGUUGCUACGACACAAAAAUUGAUGCAAAAAAAUGUAUUAUUAAACUUAUCACUGCUGGACAAGAAGUUGAAGUACCGGUGGUGAAAGAAAAUGAAAAAAUCAACAACCGAAAUAGUUAUUCUGGAUAUUUGGAAAUGAACUUUACGAGCACAGAUGUAAAAGUUAAAUGCCUAAUAUAUAAAAACGCCAGUGACGAAAAACCCAGUACGAGUAAACUUCUGAGAUUGACAAGGAAGAACCCUGUUAAUGCAGCCGAAGAAACCACUGCAAGAUUUGGUCAGACUCCAAAAGAGACUUCCAAAAGUUCCAACUCAUCUCCCACGAAAUCUCCAGACGUGGUGACCCCACCAAGAUCUGCAUCAUCAGCCACAUCAUCUAAAGGUCAAUCUUCAACAAUAUUGAAAAUUAAAAAAGAUGGCGAUGAAGCGUCUGGUUUCACAAAUGGCCAAACACUGUGCUUUAGUUGCUACGACACAAACAUUGAUGCAAAAAAAUGUAUUAUUAAACUUAUCACUGCUGGACAAGAUGAUGUUGAAGUACCGGUGAAACCAAAUGAAAAAAUCAACAACCGAAAUAGUUGUUCUGGAUGUUUGGAAAUGAACUUUACGAGCACAGAUGUAGAAGUUAAAUGCCUAAUAUUUAUAAAAGCCAAUGACGAAAAACCCAGUAGGAGCAUCCUUCAGAGAUUGACAAGGAAGAACCCUGAUGCCUUUUAAAAUAGUGCAAACGACCGAAAGGGAUGAAUGAAUGUUCUACGGAACUUCUUGACUUAGUGCUUGGCUCACACAACAACCGAUUGUACUGUAUUUUGUGUAUGAGGAGUAUCAUUUUUUGGAACAACUUUUGCAUUUCUUAAACCAAAUAUAAAGUUUAAAUAUUC